AUGUCGCUCACGAACGACAAGUUCCCCUCCUCAGCCGCCUUCGAGGCCAUCAACGAGGCACUCAACGCCAGCGAAGCCGACAAGAAGGACGCCAUCAAGCAGGGCAACGGCAUCUACGCCUUCACGCUCAAGAACGCUGCCGGCGAGACAGACAGCUGGCACAUCGACCUGAAGAACGAGGGCAAGGUCAACAAGGGCGUUGGAGAGAAGGCCGAUGUCACACUCUCCCUGUCCGACGCCGACUUUGGCAACCUCGUCGCCGGCAAGGGCAACGCCCAGAGGUUAUUCAUGGCCGGGAAGCUCAAGAUCAAGGGCAACGUCAUGAAGGCGACCAAGCUGGACCCCAUCCUGAAGAAGGCGCAAACCAAGGCCAAGCUGUAG